ACCGGGGCGGAGACCGCGGCGGUUCUGGUCCUGUCCGGCGGAUCCGCCUCUUGGGUCGGGUUGGGGACAGAGCGAACCGGGCGGGCAGGAAGGAUGGAGCAGCUCGGGAUGCGGUCAGGCCCGGCGGUUCGGCUGGACACCAUCCUCCGGCACCUCUGCCCGCGGCUGGGAGCAGCCCCUGCUCCUGUGAGUGUUCCUACUUCAGCCCACGUUAGUGCUAUGCCUCAGCCAGAGAGGUUUCGCUAUACCCUGGACAAUGAUCUCCUCACCACAGAGCAAAGGCAGUUCUACGAGGACAAUGGGUAUCUGCUCAUUAAGAAACUUGUUUCUGAUGAAGACAUCGAGAGAUUCAGGAAAGAGUUCAUGAGGAUCUGUAAAAAAGAGGUGAAGCCACCAGGAGCCAUGAUCAUGAAAGAUGAGUCCCUGAGAUCCCAGUAUGGUCAGUCUGAAAAAGCAGUUAAUAAAGUGCAGGACUUCCAGGAAGAUGAAGAGUUAUUCAGAUACUGUACUCUGCCAGAGGUCCUCAAAUAUGUUGAGUGCUUCACAGGGCCAAAUAUCAUGGCAAUGCACACCAUGCUGAUAAAUAAACUUCCAGAUUCUGAUAACCAGACUUUUCUCCACCCCAUGCAUCAGGACUUGCACUAUUUCCCCUUCCGGCCCGCGUCUCGCAUCGUCUGCUCCUGGACUGCCAUGGAGAGGGCUGACCAGGACAACGGGUGCCUGAUUGUCCAGCCAGGGACACACAAGACCCCCCUGCAGCCUCAUGGUUACCCAAAGUGGGAGGGUAAAACCAACAAACUUUUCCAUGGGCUGCUUGAUGAGGAUGAGAAAACUCCCAGGGUUCACCUUGUCAUGGAGAAGGGAGACACAGUCUUUUUCCAUCCUCUGCUCAUUCAUGGCUCUGGAAUAAACAAGACAUCAGGUUUCAGAAAGAGCAUAAGCUGCCACUUUGCCAGCUCAGAGUGCUACUACAUUGAUGUCAAGAACACGACCCAGGAGCACCUGGAGAAAGAACUGGUAGAAAUGGCUCGUGAGAAAUACAACAUGACUUCUGUGGCACUCAGGGACAUCUGGAACUUCCGAGCACGGCUUGUGCAAGGGGAAAGAAUUAACCUGUAGGAACCACCUCUGAAGAACAGGAUGGGAAACCUGUGCCCAAGAAUGAGUUUCUCUGAUCCAAGAGUGUGGCCCCUGCCUUGCUGGGCAGAAUGAUGUGUGCUUUGCUGACCUCUGUGGUGGUAACUUAGCCAAAGAUGUUGCCAUGCAGCACUUUUAUGCUAAUACAAAAUAGUUGCACGACAGCUGAUGUAAGGCAACAAAAACCUAACCUAGAAAAAGAGAUUUGGUGUGGUUAUCUUAGGCAAUCGAAGAUCUAAAAUCUUGAAAAUAACA